GAAAAACUCAGCUUGAGAUAGGAAGUUGCUGGGCUGUUAUAUUUAAAACUUGUUGAUGAAGUCCAGGUUGGAAGCGAAGUGAAGUGAAGUGACCUUGAGUUACACACAAACAGUUCAAUUUCUACUCCAUAUACAAUAUUCAACAUGUUUCAUAAGUUGUUAUAUUUAUUGGUUUGUUCAAAUAUUUCUCUAUGCUGGACUAAAUCUACGGAUAUAUCCCGUGCUAAGAAGUUUUUACGGGAGUACGACCAGCAGAUCAGUUCCGUUUAUACCGCAUUCGUAACUGCAGCCUGGAAUUUUAAUACCAAUAUUACGGAACACAAUCGCAGAAUUAUGGUCAAUCGAGAACUAGCCUCCUCUAUGAAAGAAAAAGAACUGGCUCAUAGAGCUAAUGCUGAGUUUGAUUGGCAGAGAGUUCGAGACAAUGAUGUAGUUCGACAGUUUAAAUUCCUGACAGAUAUCGGAACCGCUGCCAUGAAAAAUGAAACGAAACUUAAGAGGUUAUCAGACGUGAAAUCAGAAAUGUCCAGUAUUUAUAGCUCUGCUAAAGUCUGUUUGUCGGAUAACCAGUGUUACUCCUUAGAACCAGGUCUGACCAGGCUAUUAAGUAAAUCAAGAGAUUAUGAAAUGUUACUAGAAGCGUGGGUGAAAUGGAGAGAUGCUACAGGCAGACACCUUAAACCACUCUACUCAGAAUUCGUCGAGUUGAUAAACGAAGGUUUUCGAGAUGGUGGGUAUAACGACGCUGGAGAUGCCUGGCGAUCGACCUAUGAAAGUGAAACAUUUGAAGAAGAUUUAGAAAGAUUGUUUACCCAAUUGAAACCUCUGUAUUAUCAACUACAUGCCUACGUCAGAAGAAAGCUUAUCAAUAUCUAUGGUGAAAAGUAUUUUCCUUCCUCUGGCCAUAUCCCUGCACAUUUACUAGGUAAUAUGUGGUCGCAGACUUGGAACCGUAUUUUUGAUAUUCUGAAACCAUACGAUAUAGAAAGUGUUGACGUCACAGCCACAAUGAAACAACAGAAAUAUACCCCAUUAAAGAUGUUCAAAGUGUCAGACGAAUUUUUUGAAUCUCUGGGUCUUGAGAAAGUUCCACAGAGUUUCUGGGAUCAUUCAAUGAUAGAAAAACCUAAAGAUCGAGAAGUUGUGUGUCAUGCUUCCGCCUGGAAUUUUUAUAACAACAAAGAUUUUAGGAUCAAACAAUGUACAGAUACAACAAUGCAGGAUCUGGUCACCAUUCAUCAUGAGAUGGGUCAUAUCCAGUAUUAUCUACAAUAUAGAAAUCUACCUACUAUUUAUCAAAACGGUGCUAAUCCAGGAUUUCACGAGGCUGUAGGAGAUGUUUUAGCUCUAUCAGUAUCGACCCCAAAACACCUGAAGAAAAUUAAGCUUUUGAAGACAGCUGAGAGAAGUAAAGAAGCAGAUAUAAACUUUUUAUUAAGUCAGUCCUUGAGCAGUGUUGCCUUUCUGCCGUUCGGUUACCUCAUGGACCAAUGGAGGUGGAGUGUUUUUAGUGGAGAAACUACACCAGAUAACUAUAACAAGAAAUGGUGGGAUCUCAGAUGUAAAUACCAGGGUAUAUCACCACCAGUAAAAAGAACAGAAGAAGAUUUUGACCCAGGAGCUAAAUAUCAUAUUCCUGCCAACACUCCGUAUAUCAGAUAUUUUGUUAGUCAUAUACUAAUGUUCCAGUUUCAUAAAGCAUUAUGUAAAGAAGCCAACGAGACAGGUCCACUCCAUACAUGUGAUAUCUAUCAAUCCAAGAGAGCGGGAAAGCUUCUCGGGGACGUCUUAAAGUUAGGAUCCUCAAAGCCAUGGAAAAACGCUCUGGAACUUAUUGUUGGUAGUCGUGAAAUUGAUGCUAAACCGUUAAUGGAGUAUUUCAAACCGCUUAUUGAUUGGUUGAAAGAACAGAAUUCUAACGAGACGAUUGGUUGGAAUGAAAUCUGUCCGAACUGUGCUACAAUUAACUCUUCUGUGUUUUUAUCCAGUAUUUUUGCAUUUUUAUCCUUUUUCAUAUCACUGUUACUUUGUUGA